UUCAUUUGACAAGAUUCUUAAAUGGAAACUACUCCUUUCUACCACAUUCUCCUCUGCCCUUCAGUUACUUUGUCUUUUUGUUGCUGCAGACCUCCCACGGCAAUGGCCCUACAUGGAGGAGGACGCUCCCACUGACCAGCUGCUCUGUGACCAGGACAGCAUCUGCCCUGGAGUCAAGGACGAACCAGAACCUCCACAAAUCAAUUUUCUUCGAACCAGCGUAGGUGACCGGAUCCAGCCUCUCUCCCUGUUUGUACCUAAGGAGGAAUCUUACGAAGGAAGCGAAGGUGCACAUGCGGAUGAUAUAAACACAGACCUCCCUCUGGUGUCAGGCUCUACGGUUGAUGCGGGCACACAGUAUUUUGGGUGUGGCUUUUGUGAGAAAACCUUUCAGUUUAGAUCCAGACUGAUUCGACACGUGAGCACCCACAUGCGCAAAAACAAGUUGAGGUGCGGCGUUGGUAAGAAGUCGUUCAGCCAGAACUGCCAGCUGAUCCACCACAAGAAAACCAACGGCUCUGGUGGAAAACCGCUCGGCCCACACGCCAGCUUCUCGACUGGCGCUGAGGUUGAGCGACUCCUCUGCAACACGUGUGGGAAACGCUUCAGCAGCCCCUACAUCCUGAAGCGACACGCGAGAGUCCACACGGGCGAGAAGCCGUUUGCCUGCGGCGCGUGCGGGAAGUCCUUCAGUCGAAGGGACUACCUGCUGGGCCACAUGAAAUCCCACUUGGCCGAACCGCGAGUCCCGUCGCAGCCCGCCAUCAAGCAGAGGGCCAUCCGGGCGGCCAAGAAGCUCUAUUCCUGCCAAGCAUGCGGGAAAUGCUUCACACAAUACCGUUGCUUCUUGCACCACGCCAAGAGUCACAAUCCGCUCGUCUGCAAGACCUGCGGGAAACAAUUCAGUCAGUUAUCGAGACUGAAGCGACACGAGUCGAUCCACUCGGGCAUAAAGGGGUUUCCCUGCGGCGUCUGCGGGAAAUCCCUGAGUAGAAGGGACCACUUGGUGCGUCACAUGAAAGUCCACGCCAAGAGCAACCCUUUUUGUUUGACGUAGCCAAAGCAUAGAUAGAAAUGCAGCAGCUAAGGGCUGCAAAAGUUUUUAGUUUGAUAGUGGUAAUUUGACCGUCCACAUGAGAGAUGCUUUCUUCUCACAGAGAUUGAGAAGAGUAAAUCAAGUGUAGUUCAGCAUGAUGAAGACUACAACUGGUUAGUUUGGUUGUUGAAACAUCAAAUAUACCUUAACAUGCGCAGUGGAAACUAGGAGUGCACUGAUUGUAGUUUUCUGAACUAACCAGUUACUGUCCGUCAUUUAAAAAGCCUGACCUGCCCAUUUCAAUUUUGGCCAAUAUCAAUUUCUUUUUGUCUGAAAAUGUUAAAUCGGUUCACCUCUAGCGGAAAUGAGUUUAUUUCUAUCAGAGAAGCAACUUCUACAGUCGUUCUUAUCUCUGCUCUUUGGGACGCUGCCAGUCAGCGCCUUGUUCUUGAAUUCAGCUGCUGGGAUUGGCUGGUUUGCUAGCAGCACCCAAUAAUGUGUCAAGUAGCCAUAACGAAAGAAAUGCGCA